GGCGCGGGCGUCGCGGUCAGCUGAGCCGGCCGUCACGUGACGGCGCGGCCGAGGGAGCGGGCGCGGCGGGGGCCGCCGAGGGACCAUGUCCACCCGGCGCCUCCGCAGCGAGGACUACAAUGACUACAGCUCCACGGAUGUCACGCCAGAGGGGAGCCCACCUGGUGGGAUGAACGGCUUUGCCCACCCCGAGUCCUACCAGCGCUUUGGGGAGACCAACGGGACAACGUGGUACCAGACCCUGAUCCACCUCCUGAAAGGGAAUAUUGGCACGGGACUGCUGGGGCUGCCUCUGGCUGUGAAGAAUGCCGGUGUCCUGCUGGGUCCUCUGAGCCUACUGGUGAUGGGAAUAGUGGCUGUGCACUGCAUGGGGAUCCUGGUGAAAUGUGCCCAUCACUUCUGCCACAGGUUCCAGAAGCAGUUUGUGGACUACGGCGGUGCUGUGAUGUACGGGCUGGAGUCAACUCCCAGCGCAUGGCUGCGGACCCAUGCCAUCUGGGGCAGGCGUGUAGUGGGACUUUUCCUGAUCAUCACUCAGUUGGGUUUCUGCUGUGUGUACUUUGUCUUUCUAGCUGACAAUCUGAAACAGGUCAUAUCUGCAGCAAACGGGACCACCAAUGACUGCACCUCGAACAGGACAGUGGCCAUGACCCCCACCAUGGACUCCCGGCUAUACAUGCUUUCCCUCCUGCCUUUCGUGGUGCUGCUCACAUUCAUCCAGAAUCUCAAGGUCCUGUCUGUCUUCUCCAUGCUGGCCAACUUAGCCAUGCUUGUCAGCCUCAUUGUGAUCUACCAGUACAUCGUCAGGGACAUUCCUGAUCCCAGUGACCUACCUCUAGCAGCAGCCUGGAAGACCUACCCUCUGUUUUUUGGCACUGCGAUCUUUGCUUUCGAAGGCAUCGGGGUGGUGCUGCCCCUGGAAAACAAGAUGAAGAACCCCCGGCAGUUCCCAGUCAUCCUCUAUGUGGGAAUGACCAUCGUCACCAUCUUGUACAUCAGCCUGAGCGUCCUGGGGUACCUGCGCUUUGGGGCGAACAUUCAGGCCAGCAUAACGCUCAACCUGCCCAACUGCUGGCUGUACCAAGCUGUCAAGCUGCUCUUCUCCUUUGGGAUUUUCUUCACGUAUGCUGUACAGUUCUACGUGCCCGCUGAGAUCGUCAUCCCUCCCCUCGUCGCCCGGGUGUCAGAGCGCUGGGGCUGGCUGGUCAACCUCCUCCUCAGGGUGGCCCUGGUUGGCGUGACCUGCGUGCUGGCCAUCCUCAUCCCGCGCCUGGACAUCGUCAUCUCGCUGGUGGGCUCCGUCAGCAGCAGCGCCCUUGCUCUCAUCUUCCCCCCACUGCUGGAGAUCGCCACCUACUAUGCAGAAGGCAUGCACCCUCUCGUCAUUGCCAAGGACGUUGCCAUCAGCCUCUUUGGCUUCGUGGGCUUUGUUGUGGGGACGUACGAGGCGCUGGUGGAGCUGGCAGCGCCCGCCGCUGCUGUUGUGAACACCACCAGUGUCAUGGUGCAGUGACGGUCCCCCUGGCUCACCAGCCUCUCCGGAUGCCAUGCUGGGGACACAUGGGCACCGGGCACUGUUGGUCCCCUGGGUUCUCUCUCCUCUUGGGAAAUGUGGUGUGUUUGGUCUGCGAGAGGAUGGGGCUGCCCACCACCGCAGCUGCCUGUCUCUGGCUGCAGCAGGGUCCUGUGCUGGGCUCCAGCUGGGGAUCCGGCCUGGGGCUGGGGCAGUGCCUUCCUCAGGGGCCUUUUGGGCAGGUGAUACAGCAAAACAGCCCCCUCAGCACCUGUGUAAAUAGUCACUCCGAGAGGUGAGGAAUCCUGGGGAUGUAGACUUUGAUUUUAUUUUAUUUUUGUAAAUCUCAACCUUUCUGUAUUUCCCCCGUCCCUUCGGUCAGGGCGGGGAACAGGGACUGCUCUUUUAUGUGCCAGUAUUUUUUUUGUUUUUCCCCUCAGCACUUUAUUUUUACAGCAACAAAGAAACCUCAGCUCAGGUUGGAGAGCGUGGAGCUGCCUUCUCACCCUGGCCUUGUGGGGAGGGCAGGCGGAGCCCAAGGUGCGGAGCAUCCUGGGACGCCCCAGCUCUCCCACGAUGGGAUCCCCAGACAUGGGCAUUGGCUCCUGCCGUGCUCCGGUUCUGUUUCCAGCCACCUCAGGGGCUGAGCAGGGCCUGGAGCUGGGCACCAGGCAUGGCACCUCCCUGGCCCAGGAGGGUUGGCUGAACCCUGGCCCACGCUUUCAGCAGUGACACUUCUUUUUCCCCAUCGAGCGCACAUACCUAAUGCGUGUUUUUCAGAAGCAUUAGAAAACCAAGGCGUGCGGAGAGCAAAUGGUCUCUGCCAUAAUGAGGGUCUGAGCUGGUUGCUUUUGGCUGGGAGCCCUGUCCCUGUGUGGGACAGGGUGUCCCUGGGGGUCACCGCGUGCCGCCCGCACACCGCAAAAACACAUCGCCUUGUUUACAGUGCCUGAGCUGGCCCCGGCACUCUCCAGCUGCAUCUGCAGGCUGAUACUGAAUGUCAAAUCACACACAAAAACACCAUAAUAUUUUUUUCUUUUACCCUUUCUCUCCUGGUCCCACUCUCUCUGCAUCCUCUGCCUCUAUCCCAGCUCCUGUCCUCUGGUACGAUGCAGCUCUCUGAUGCUUCUCCCUGUGCUCCUGUUGCUUCUUUCGUUGUGGCUGGUGCAUGCCUGGGGGGGAUGGUCCCCGCCAUGCUGCUGCUUUCCUUCCUCUCAGUGAGCCCAGCUUUCUCCCUAGUUCCCUUAUCUUUCUGCUUGAUUUCUUUUUUUUUUUUAAAGAUGAGAGCAAAUGCAUCCUCCAUGGGAUGUCUUCUCCUAACGGUGUGAAAAGGUUCUGGCUGAGCCACCCCUCUGCAACACCGUGUCUGGGCCGAACUCCUCCCUGCUAACGCAGCAUCUCCCGAACAAUAGCAGUGUAGUGGCUUCCUUCGGAGAGCCUUUGUCCCUGCAUCCCGCUGCAGCCGUGUCUCCCUGGAGGUGGGCAAAGGCUGCAGGCGGUGGUGGGAAAGGAGUAUGAAAUAGCACUUGUGGGCUGUGUUACUGUCUUUGGUGGAGGAUGAGUGAGGCUUGGAGUUAUUUUCGGUGUUUGACCUGCUUCUGGGAGGAGAAGGCUGUGCAGAGCGGCGCCCCUGCAAGCCUGCCUCCUCGAUGUGUGGUGUUUCAGUGUCUUGCGCUGUGUCCCCUUUGCUGGUUCUGCUUUGGGUGCCCCAUGCCGGUACACGGACCCGUGGCCAGGCAUGGGGUGGGUCUGGGCCAUAUUGCUCCUUUCCAGCCCCUUGCCCACUCACUGCAUCUCUUGGGGCUCACCUUGUCUCCUCCAAGUCUGUGCUGGUGAAGGUUUUGGCAUGCUCUGGCAUCACUUGGUUGUGGGUAGAGCGAAGCUUUAACUCAAAUUCUCCAUCUGGAGGACACUGCGGGGGUAGAGAGCAAACACCCAGGUCUGGGUGGGUGCUCCAGGGCACGCCGCGGACGGGAAAAGUGCAAUAUUCACGUCCAUCGCUGUGUACUGACCCCGGUAUGGCCCUUGGGGGUUGGGUUUGGGUGCAGAAAUGUCACCCUUGGCAGAGGAGGGCUUGCUGUGAGGAGCAGGAGACAUCUGAUGCUUGCCCCCAGCUCUGUUGGUACCCCCACAAGAAGGCUGGCCACGUUUCGGGGGACAGCUGUGUGACAGGGCCUGUCCCCGGCCUGGCGCUGGGCAUCAAUGGUUUGCUGUCAGGGCACAUAGCGUUCAAUUCACUUUGCAAUCAGCAGUGAAGACCUCAUUUCCCAGGAGACUGGGAUAUCACAGCAGCAUUAAGUGUUUUUUGCGGUUCUUCACUUUUAUCGGGGUGAGCAGGGGUGGUUUGGAGAUGGGGCCAGAUGUGAGGGGCUCUGCCGAGCCAGGAUGACCUGACGCAGAACCCGAUGGACACGAAAACAUGACACUUGUGUAUCGUAGGCUGCUCUGUAACCAAGGAAAUUGUCUGUGUAAAUAUAGAAAUGAUUAAUGUACCUGUCUUGUGCCUAUGAAUAUUGUCAGCGUACAGCGUGUGUAGCUGGCCAGUGGAAGAGCUGGUGCUACACCUGAAUCAUGUAUCGUACUUUAAUCAAUAAAUAUGAUUUAUUUUUUAUGUGAAAAGGC